CGCUGAUUUUAUAUUUAGCUCUGUAACACAGGAACAGCCGGCAAGGAAGGAUGGCAGAGAGGGCCAAAAAGCAGCUGUGGGGCUUCAUGUUCAUGCUGGCAGGUGCUGUGGGUCAACACGUGAACUAUCCUCCUCAUGUCUGUGCCAUUACCGGAUCCACAGUCACUCUCCCCUGCACCUUCACACCAAAUAACACCUACAAUGAUGGAGGAAGACCAGUCCAGAUAAGGGUGAUCAGAGUCCGCUGGUGUCAGAACCAUCUGAUUUGUCAGGGUAACACCCAGUCUGUGUACGACAGCCACCCACCGGACAACAGUAUCGUCAACAACCACCCCCGUUACAAGUACCUGGGAGACCGGGAGAGAGACUGCACCUUACAGAUCUCUAACGUAACGAAGAAGGACAACGCCACUCUGAGAUUCAGGAUGGAGGUUAAUCACACCUUAGGACAUUUCACAGAACAGUCAGGAGUGAAGGUCAUGGUCGAAGAUGCAACAAAAAUGAGGUUAAACAGCUCCAGCAGAGACGGCGAGGUGACAGCAGGUCACUCUGUCACCAUUCGCUGUGAAUCUGUCUGUGUUUUCCACCCACUGGAAGUCACCUGGUACAGAGACAACAACAUCCUCUCAGAGAGAAGCGCCACACUCAAUUUAAGCCCACUGACUGCAAAGGAUUCUGGGAAUUACACCUGUGCUUUAAAGGACAACAAACAAUCACAAUCUGACCCGUACAGCUUGAACGUGACGGAAGGUCCGGUGAACGUUCCUCUGAUUGUUGGUGCGGUGUUUGGGGUCCUGCUGGUUCUGGUCGCUGUCGCUGUGGUUCUCUUCAUCAUGAAAAGGAGGCUGGCAGCAGAGAAAACCCCGAGAGCCGCUGGAGUAGAGGAGCGAAAGCCCCCUGAUGCCAUCUACAGUGACGUCGUGCUGACCUCUGACCCUCAGAGAGGAGGCCACGUUGCCACAGAGGACGUCAGCUACGCCGCCGUUGAGUUCAAACACAAAAACCAGAACAGAGCAGUGGAGCAGUCGGAGGACUCGGUCAUCUACAGCUCAGUCGCCAGCAGAGGCUGAACUCUCGUCUAUACGACACCAGCAGCCGUUGGCGUUCGUCUGUCGGUGUCUUUAAAACAUUUACUGCAGUGUGAAGUCUUCCUGACGGACGUCUCGGGAGUUUCUGUGUUUGAUAAGGAGAAAUAUGAAGGGUAUCUUUGAGACCUUUACUUGAAUCCAGGAAAGACUGGUUUCAUCUCAGCUGUCUGGAGUUUCUGGGUCUGUGUCCACAGCUAACACGUUUCUGCUGGUUCUUGAUAAAAACCCAGUAUGGUCCAGAAUCUUCAGCACCAGAGCCCGAGCUAGAAACACCUCCAGGGUGUUUUUGUCGUUGUGGUCUCAGUGCUCUCAGGUCUGGUCCACAUGGGCAGGUAUCUGUACAAACAGAGGUUUUUCUGUAUGUUUUUGCCUUUCUUCUUAUCCAGACAGCACAUUAGGCCCAUGUACAGAACUUCUUCAGGGAUGAAGAUUUUUGAAAAGCACUUCUGGGUCCCGACCCAGCAGUUGAGAACCUGGGAUCUAAAGUACAGAGAGAUUAGGGCCUUUUUGGAAAAAAAAAAAAAGUCAGUAUUCUUUCAUUGUAAUUUAUUCAUUUUUCAGUUUUUUUUCUAUUAUUUGUACCAGAAAGGUGACACGUAAAUAAAGGUUUGUUUGUCUUUAAAUGAAUUCUUAUAAAAGAAGACGAUCAACAUGAGUCGAACCUCUGCAGUAUGAAAAAGUAAUCAAUCAUGAAAUUAAUUAUUAUAAAAUGGAGAAAACAAUGUUGAAAAUGAUGCAGCGUGAUGGUGCAUUGUGCAAGUAUGGAAUAUACAACCCCAGUUCCAAAAAAGCUGGGACACUGUAUGGAUAAAAACAGAAGUCAAUGAUUGUCAAAUCUCAUAAACUCAUUUAAUUCACAACAGAACAUAAAAACAUAUCAGGUGGUAAAACUGAGGCAUUUUACCAAUCUGACAUCAAAAUUAACAGCUGACUGUCGUUUUUACUGAUUGAAAAAUAAACUAAAAUCUGGUGGAGCUGAUAUACCAAUUAUUUAUUGCACCGUAUCCCCAGUUAUCAGAAUUGAAGGGAUGAACAAGAUAAUCAGAUAAAUAAUGGAAUCAGCAGACAUUAAAGUUUUACAACUGAGUCAUCAGGUAUUAACAAAAGUCUACAUGAGAAAUAAAUCUGUCUGAAUGUUCGAUUAAUACUGGGAAAAUCUGCCUAUAUGACCUGAAUGAGCGGGCCGAUAUCAGGGGGAAAAUCGUCCUGUUAAAAGGGUCAUCAGCU